CAGAUCUAGUGAGACAAAAUACCUAUUUGAUUUCAGGCAAUGACAGUUACGAUCCUCACAAUUCUCAAAACGAAGAAUCGCAAUUUGAAAAUGACCGAAAAAACAUCGUUAAUCGGACAAUCAGAAAAAAGAGUCAAGUUGAGUGUUGAUGAGAUGUUGAGCAAUCCACCUAUAUCUAAUGAGCAUGAAACAUAUUUCGACUCGCUGGAUUUCCAAGGCCUCAAUUUUCCUUGUGUUGAUGAAUCUCUGGUAGUAUCCGUAGCAAUUGAUGAUCUGGAAUAUAUCUACAAGAUCAAGAACUGCCAUUGA